AAUAUUCUAUGCGAAUGGCCAUACGACCCGUCUAAUCCUUAUAUACUAACUAAUAUAAUGGCGGUAACAACUUUCCCCUCCGAUUCCUCCGUGGAAUCGGUGAAGCUCGCCGUCCGGUCAACAGCGACUUGCUCGAACGCUACACUGCUCUCUCUCCAGGGUCUGUUUCGGGGUGGAUCGAAAGCGACAGAGACAGAUGGCAGUGCUACAUCGAGACGGGCAGGACGGAGUACGAAAGAAACGACAACGAGUGCGACUCGCGGCAGAGCGACAUCCCGGGCUACGAAAACAACAACAACACUGAAUGUGGAGGCGCGGUUAUCAGCUCAUGAGCAGCUCGUGCUUGCUACUGAGGUGUUUAAUACCACGUUAAAGACGUUGUCAGAUGCAGUUAAACUAUCCUCUUCGAAACGCCAGAACGACCCCCGACCCCCCUCGACACCCCUUCAACUCACUUCGCCGAAUAACGCUGGUCGAUCGCCGAAAAAGUCGAGAUUAUCGAAAUACACACAACCCGACGCUACCGCAGUAGACCAGGGAUUGCUCUCAGUAGCAGAAUGUGCACGGUCAGCGCUGUCGUGUUUACGAUCGCUGAAGAGCGAACAAGGGCAGGAUGAGCAGGGGUUGAACACGCAGCUUGAACAGGGGGCUUGUGUGCUUGCGGGGAGGUACUUGUCUCUUGGUCUGAAUGAGUUGGCGUAUAAGGAGCUGCGGGCGCUGAAGAGGAGGAUACAGAGUUAUCUGGAUAGUGUUGGGUCGAAAAAGACUGCGGGCGGGGCGAGGAAGACGACUGCGCAGGAGGAAGAGGCGAAAGAGCGGAUGUCGGAUCUGCUUAGUUUUGCGAAUUUUGGGAAUGCGAAAGCCGUGCUUGGGCUGCUCAUUACGUUUCAAUCGAAUGCGCUGCGGUUACUUGCCGCUGAGAAACGACCGGCGACUACGCAGAAGGUUUGUUCGGCAAUGCAAUUGUCUGACUCGAGUAGUCCGGGUAUGGCGAUUAUGGCUGCGGUGGAGGCUGGGAGUCUUACCAAGGACAAGGCUGCGCUUCAGUUGCAGUUAUUAUCAAACACCGUUCUUUCCAUGGCCUCCGCCCAGCAAACCGACGAUACGAAGGACCGUUUACGACCGAUCACAACUCUCACUCUGCAGCUGCUGUCCAUGGAGAUGCGAAGUAUGGGAUGGAAACUGUCCGGCCACAUCUGCGACGAAGGAAAAGAGCUCUGGGACCCGUUAUCACGCUACCUCGCAAGUUUCGCCCACCACAACAAGGGAAUCGAGAAAUCCGAGUUCGCCGUGUUAUACAAAACAAUCGUUCGACUUCAGUCCGCCAUUGCGAAGCCGGAACGGAAAUCGUCCACCACGCAACUCCAUUCCGUGGCGCGAAUUGCAACGAUUCUGGGGCAGCUUGCUCAGGACGCAGAGUGCGUGGAGGAAGCUUUGAAACUGUUCACAGAGGCUGUUAACCCCCUGUCAGAGGGACAGUGUCUUUCUUUGGCUACGGUGCGCUGCAAGAUUGCAUCGCUUCAAUUUCAGCGCAUCAAGUCUUCGAAGUCUGCCCACGGUGAAAUCGCAGGUGCUGUAUCAGACGCCUCGGCAGCACUGGCCUUGCAGCUCAAGGGCAGCGCCGGCGACUUGGACGAACUUUUGGUGGAGGCAGCGAAGCUGAAGAAGAUCUCAAUGGCUUGGCUAGGAGACGCAGUCACCAAGGAUAAGGGCAAGAGUGUGCCAGACGACAUUCCGGAUCGGAUACGCGAAUACCUCUACGGCUUUCUACGAUUCCUGCGCCGCUACGUUGGACGUCAACCCUCCGAAGACAGCGACCCGAAGGAACACGAGACAUUCGAGAAGCGGGUCACUGCAUGCAAGAACAUCAUCCUGGCAGCUAUCGAUUCAGCAGUUGCCAUGGGUAAACUGUCAGUUAUGUCGCAGAGCCCGCCGUGGGACGACAUGCUUUCGAUUCUGGUCGAUUGUCAGCGCCUUCUCAUGACUAUCGGAAUCGCAUCGAAGAACUCGGACUCUGAUAGCGGCAUGGGACUUGUGAAGUUGUCGAAUCUGUUCUGGUCUCGAUACAUUAAGGAAAAGGAGUGUGGGAAGGACUACCGUUCGCUUGUGCCACUUUUGAAACAUUCGACAAGUCUGAUUUCUGGGUGCUCGUCUUCGCAGCGGAAUACUGGAUUUGCGGCUCUCAAGUACGAGAGACUUGCGCAUCUGUACAUGGAUGGGAAUAUGGGAGCCGAAUCCGACAAGGCUUUUUGUCAGUCCAUUAGCGAACACAUCGACGCCGGCGCUCUGGAACAAGUUGCUGUUGAUGCUGCCGGGAACUAUCCGCAUCGCGCUUCUCAAGAUCCCAAGUCCGGUGGUUUCAUGCUCGGUCGUGCUAUCUCGGGGUAUAUGAGAAUGAAGCUGCGGAACAAGAACUCGGAAUCGCAAGUGUUCGAUAAUGAGGAGUUGGGGCUAGAGCAACAAGGACUUGUUCUCGAAUGGCAGAUGGGCCUUCUUACCGAGCUGCAUGCGCAUGCUUACAGUGAUGAGGUCUUCCGCGGCACAUUCAGCUCUGUUGUCUCUAAGCUUCUUGACAUCUACUCCUGCGCAACCUACCCCAUUCGCCGUAUGCGGGCUAUGCUGUGCGCUAUGCGAUUCCUGCUUGAACGUCCGAGUGCUUUGGAACCUGAGGUGCUUGGGAAUAUUGUCGACGAGUGUGCCGAUUUCAACGAGGAUGGGUCCUUUGGUAACGACUAUAAGCUGUCCGCUUAUGCGACACACAUUCGGAACGCCCUACAGCUCACCGUUCGACUUCACCAAGGCAAUCUGCAACCCUUCGAGCUUAACCAGAUCAUUUCGUCGUGGAGCUCCAUGGUGGCAGACUGCCCUGAUUGGAACUCGCUUGGGUCGCGCGUCAUCGAUGUCGAUUACUGGAUUCUUCAACUCAAGGCUAUUGUCGAUUAUACCGAGAUCCACGGACUAUGGAAAGUGCAGCUCUCCGCGCUGGAACUGGUCCUGCGCGUGACAGAAUUGCAAGAAUCAGGCGACUUUUCCGAAGCGAUCGUCGUUCUCUCGCGACUGGUGCUGCAGUACUGUCGACUUGGACACUGCAAGAAGGCUAGUGGUUUACUUAUCCGUGCGGACCAGUGUCUGCGUAACAACGAGGUCUCUUGUCUGGCAAAUCUAUCGUAUAAGUUGGCUCGAGGGGAGUAUCUUCUUGAGACCGGAGAGAUUGAGAAAGCUGCUGGUAUCCUCGCGACAGCCAGGACGCUCUAUGAGAAGAACCAGAAACAGCAGGACCUUAAUAACUGCUCUGUUCUUUCGAAGAUUGCCUGGGAGCGUUUGGUCGCGGAUGCGGCAUUCAUCAACUCGCGGCUUUCCUUUGCCCAGGGAUCUAUUACGCACGCAUUAUUCUUCGCCAAACUGUCUGUGAGACUGAACUGUCGCAUCUGGGCUAAGAUUGAGAAGCUUGCUCAACGGAAGCAGGGCAAGGCCUUGCAAGCAAGCAGCAGUACCGAGAUUGAUAGUGUUGUCGAAGGAGUCGCGAAGCUCGAUGUCUCACAAGCAAUUUCGACGGAGCCGUCUGUCAGCUAUUUCCAGGGAGCGCCAUUCUGGCCUCACGUUGGCUCUCACCAUACCUCUCUACUGAAUCUCGCGAGUCUGUCCGCACACCACGGUCUUUUCCAAGAUGCGAUCUACUACGGAGAGCAAGCGCUCAAGGUCAACAAGACGCUCAAUGCUAAUGUCCGUCUGGUCGCUUCUCAAACGCAGCUUGGAUCUCACUGGAUCUAUGGUGGACGUGCAUCGGAGGGACAGCAGCUCCUGGACUCUGCUGCAACGUUGGCGAAGCAGCUGGACAGCAGUAUUGAGCUUGUCUCACUGCAAAUGGGUCUUGCUUCUCUCCAUCGGGCAAUGGGCCAGUACCGCGAGGAGCAUCGUGCGCUUCUUGAGGCUGAUAAGAUUAUGUCUGAGGUCAUUCUUUCCGAGACGGAGACUUCGCCGACGGCUGUUGCGGAUCUGGAGGAUAAGAUGGAUAAGUUGCGCAUUCGGAGCGCUACUGGUACACGGAGGACGAGACAGCCGGCAACUACUACCACGCGGAGCACACGUGCAGUAUCCUCGUCUGCACGGACUACUUCUAGGAAGACCUCGAAUCCCACCGUGGAACCGUCUACCGUGGAAUCGAAGUCUCUCUUGCAACUGCGAACGGACCUCCUUAGACACCAGGCCGACUGCUCACGAGCACUGCGCGACUUCGACAACGCGACGAACUUGCUCAGCGACGCACGACAGUAUGCUCUUUCUCGGGAUAGCCAGAUCUCGCUGCACAUCGGAGAAAGUGAGCACCUACUCGCCGAUGCCAUUCGCCAUUUCGCUACCCAUGCGGUAUACUGUGUGCUUCCAGAGUCGACCAUCUCCCUCCCAUCACUCGAGUCACCGAAGAAGAAUACCGAGGAACCCCCUGCGCCUUCCGCCAAGCCACUCACCGUACGCAAAACACGAGCACCCGCCCGAGGCACGCGCUCCAAGACCCCGAAAGCUAGUGAGGACUUUGCCGAUAUGUUGUCCAAGGCAGGCGAGUGUCUCAACAAUAUCUUCGGUACUGCUACGACGCUUGGAUCUACGCUUGACAGUCAUGCGGCUUCGAGGUUGAUGAGUCGGAUUUCUAUGCUGUCGCAGACUACUGCACCUGGUUGUUCGACGCCGUGGUCUCAGGCGCCGGCUAAUGUUAAUGAAAUUGGUCGUAUUGGCGCCUUCAACCGUGAGCGCGUGGCGAUUGAUCUCGACAAACAUCUGGCAGACGCCAACGACCCGCUGCUAUGGCCGUCAAUGUCUCUGUCGUCGCCGGUGGAUCUCGAGGAUGAUCUCUGCUCGAACUUUACGAAAGAAUAUGUCGACAUUUUGCCCGAUAGCUGGAACGUUCUUUCACUAUCGUUGAGUGCGGACUGUACGGAAUUCGUCGUUUCACGUCUACGCAAGGGCCAAACACCAUUCCUGUUGCGUCUUCCACUGAAGAGAGGAAACUCGGACGAGGAUGACGAGGGGCAGUUUACCUUCGAAGACGGUCGGGAAGAGAUGCAAGAAUUAAUAAAACUGGCCAACGAGAGUGCGCAUGCUGCGAAGGCUCAAGUCGACAAGCAGAUGAAAAAGCAGUGGUGGAAGAACCGCGAAGCGCUUGACCGUCGGAUGGAGACCUUGCUGCAGAAUGUUGAGAAUGUCUGGUUCGGUGGAUUCAAGGGUAUCUUCUCGCCUGUGGCGAGAGAGGGUGAUGCAUUGUCACGGUUUGCCAGCUCGUUCCAUAACGUCCUCGACAAGCAUCUUCCAUCGCGCCAGAAGGGUGGUCGGUCGACAACGGGUCCGAAGUUGACGCUUCACCGUAACGUGCUUGAGUUGUUUACUGGGAUUAAGGAUCUAGAGGAGCAUGAGGACCCGGAAGAGACAUUGAUGGAUCUUCUUUACUUCGUGGUCGAUAUCCUGCAGUUCCAGGGAGAGCGCAACGCCUAUGACGAGAUUGACUUUGAUAUGAUGGUUGUGGAAACGCUUGAUGCUCUGAGGGGCUACCACGAUACUGUGCGGAACGAGUCGGUCAACCCGCAAACUAAUCACACUGUCCUGGUUCUCGAUAAGGCUCUCCACCUGUUCCCGUGGGAGUCGCUUCCUUGUCUGAAGGGAUCGCCUGUUUGUCGUGUACCAUCGUUGGAGUGUCUGCGUGACCGUAUUGUCCGAUUCCGAAACGAGCAGGGUGACAGUUCUCGACUGGCUAUUGACCGCAAGAACGGUACCUACAUCCUCAAUCCCACAGGUGACUUGCAAACAACGCAAGCAACCUUCGAAACCGACCUCAGUCGCAUGGACCGCUGGAACGGAAUCGUCAACCGCCAACCAUCCGAAGACGAAUUCCGCGAAGCCCUCGAAACCAAGAGCCUAUUCCUCUACUUCGGCCACGGCAGCGGCGCCCAAUACAUCCGCGGCCGAACCAUCAAGCGUCUCGACCGCUGCGCAGUCGCCUUCCUAAUGGGCUGCAGCAGCGGCACCCUGACCGAAGCCGGCGAGUACGAACCAUACGGCACACCAAUGAACUACCUACAAGCCGGUAGUCCGGCACUCGUAGCGACGCUCUGGGACGUGACCGACAAGGACAUUGAUCGGUUUGCGCAGGCUACGUUUGAGAAAUGGGGUCUUAUUGGUGGUCAGGGUGAGGGUGAUUCGAAGAGUAAGGGACGGGCUCGGUCUCGGUCUCGGUCCCCGAGGGGUGGUGCGGUGGCUUUGGAUGAGGCGGUUUGUCAGUCGAGGGAUGCGUGUGUGUUGAGGUAUUUGAAUGGGGCUGCGCCGGUUAUUUAUGGUGUUCCUUCUGUGUUUUUGGAGUAGACUUUACUUGCUUUGUAUGGUGUUAUGGGGUCUGAUUGGGAUGGCGUUGUGGGAUCGGUACAUGCAUGGCGAGUGUAAUUUUUGCAUAAUUGGAGAAGCUGCAUAAUGUACUUCUUUUUCUUCAAAUGGUAGUUCUUUAUCCUGUC